AUGGAGACCCAUGUCGACACGUCAAAUGUUCCAAAGGUCUGUCAGAAAGUAUUUAGCUCGUGGCUUUGGAACUCAAAUGCUAGUUGUUGUUUAAAAGGGACUCGGAUCAUGCUGGGGUGGGAUCCGAAUAUGGAUGAUGUUAUGGUCCUCUCGCAAACUGACCAGGUGAUUCAUACUCAAGUGAUGUUUAAACUUGAUAGAAAAUCCUUAUUUUGCACGUUUGUUUAUGCGGAUAACAAUUAUAGAAAUCGAAGGGAUUUAUGGAACAAUUUGUGUGCUCAUAGCUCUAUUAUGAAAGACAAGCCGUGGGUAAUUAUGGGAGAUUUCAAUGCCUCCUUAUCUCAUGAUGAUUCGAGUUCAGGUUCAUCUAUUUAUAGCAUUGGAACCCGUGAAUUUAGAGAGUGUGUUAAUUCUAUUGAUGUGUUCGAUGUUAAUAGCACAGGGGUACAUUACACAUGGUCGAACAAUCAGCAUAGGGGAGGUAUUAUCUUUAAAAAAUUGGACCGAUUUAUGAGCAAUAUAAAUCUAGUUGCUGAGUUUCCUAACGCUGGAGCUUAUUUCCACGCGUUUCGGGUUUCCGACCACGCUCCUUGCAUUUUGAAAUUGCCAACUGUUGCCAGAGAAAAACCAAGACCGUUUAAAUUCGUAAAUCUAAUUGCUGAAAAGCAUGGUUUUCUGGAAGCUAUUAAUCAGAUCUGGGAAAAAGAGAUUACAGGUUUUCGUAUGUACCAGGUUGUUAUGAAGCUAAAGUUACUUAAAACUCCAUUACGGAAACUCUUCUUUCAACAAGGAAAUCUGCAUGAGAAUGUAAAGAAGGCAAGGAAGGACCUUGAUGACUGUCAGCUUGUUAUGGAUCAGGAUCCGGCAAAUGUGGAGGUUCUAGCAAAGCAUAGUAUUCUUCUUAAAAAUUAUAAAGAGGCCAUUCAUGAUGAAGCUGUUUUUUUACAACAAAAAUCGAAAGUUGAUUGGUUAACGCUUGGGGAUUCUAACACCAAAUAUUUUCAUAACGUUGUGAAAGCCAAAAAUCACCGAAGCCGAAUCUGGUUAAUUCGUGACGCGGACGGGAUUUUGCAUGAAGGGGGGCAGCGGCUUUAG